AUUCCGCAUCCUGGGGGCGGUGAGGUUUACUGGCAGAGCGAGGAAAAAAAACAAGCGAAAAAUACCACAAAUAACUUUGGGGUGGCCAACUGGGACUGAAACUUUGAUUGUGGGAAAUCGGCUCUGUGCUCCCGACCUGAGCCGGAGAUGACCACCGAGAAGCCUCCAUACUCUCCGGUGGAGGGGGGACCCUCUUCACCCUCGCUCCACGGGCAGCCAGCCUAUCCUGCCGCAUUUGACACGAAUAUGUUAGGCCCAAAUAUGUUCGGAGCACCUGCCCCAGGUGGUGCACCACCUCCUAUUGGGUUUGCUGCUCCUGGUGGUUUUGGUGCUCCUGGUGCUCCUGGUGGUUUUGGUGCUCCUGGUGCUCCUGGUGGUUUUGGUGCUCCUGGUGGUUUUGGUGCUCCUGGUGGUUUUGAUGCUCCUGGUGGUGUACCUGCUUCUGGUGGGUUUGCUGCUCCAGGUGGUUUCCCUGCUCCUGGUGGUCUCCCUUUUCCUCCACCAACUGCUUUUGGACCAGGUGUUCCUGGAGCCUUCGAAAAGCCUGCAAACUCACCGGGCGCCCCACCCUACUCUCCGCCUGGCCAGGGCUUUGAUGGAAACUUAAGUGAUAAUGUUUAUCACAACGAGGACAACCCACCACCCUUUCAUGAGAAUCAAGACUUUGAUUUUGGAUUAGACAACAAGAACAUCAGAAGAGCCUUUAUCCGAAAGGUGUUCUUGGUGUUGACGGCUCAGCUGUUGGUGACAUUCGCCUUUGUGGCUGUUUUCACUUUUGUGGAUGAAGUCAAGGCCUUUGUCAUGGUGAACAUCUGGACAUACUUGGUGUCCUAUGUCGUGUUCUUCGUGUCGGUUUGUGUGAUCAGCUGCUGUGGAAGCGUUCGGCGAAGACAUCCUUGGAACCUGGUUGCAUUAUCCGUGUUGACUCUCAGUAUGUCCUACAUGGUGGGAAUGAUCGCCAGCUUCCAUGACACUGACUCGGUGGUCAUGGCGGUGGGCAUCACAGCAGUUGUGUGCUUCACAGUGGUCAUCUUCUCUCUGCAGACCAAGUACGACUUCACUUCCUGUUAUGGAGUACUUUUUGUCUGUUUAAUUGUCCUGAUCAUCUUCGGCCUCCUCUGCAUCUUCAUCCGCGACAGGAUUCUGCACAUCGUCUAUGCUGGACUGGGAGCUUUGCUCUUCACCUGUUUCUUGGCUGUGGACACGCAGCUGCUACUUGGUAACAAGGAACUGGCUCUGAGUCCAGAAGAAUACAUCUUUGGUGCUCUCAACCUGUACAUGGACAUCAUCAACAUCUUCCUCUAUAUUCUCGCUAUCAUUGGGAGAGCGAGGGGAAGCUGAGCAGGAGGACCAACAGAAAUGAAGUGCUUUGAGUUCAUGUCUAGCAGUCAGUUACCAUAAUCCUGACUUUGAUUUUGUCUUGUAGUGUGCAUUGAUCACGUAGCUAGAGGAUAAUUUGCUUCACCCUGUGUAAAUGUUAUUUUUUUGAUAAUAUAUAUAGAUUGUCUAUGUUGUAGAUUGGGGGUUUAUUAAAGUUUUAUGAGGUAUAUGACUUGUACAAAACCUAACUAAUUUAGAAAUUGAAAUGUGAUAUGAAAUCAUGCAAAAGUAUGAAGAUUUGACUCUAACAUUUUUUUCCAGGGCUUUCAACUAUAUUAUAGUCUUCAUCUGCAGGAAUUUGAUUAGUUGUCAUGAAGGUGAAUGUACUGACGUGCAAGCUCAGUAGCAGUUGUGAUUUCAUCCAUUCCACUUUUCAUACUCCUUGUUCAGGUUGGCUUCUUUGGAUUCAGAUCUUGUUAUGCAAAUAAAACUAACAAGUGGAUCUCUUGAGUUUAGAUUGUUUAGUCAAUGUACAAUUUCCAGAGUCAAGAUUAAACUUAACCAAUAAGCAAGCAGGGAUGGGAAGGGCUGAAAAAGUGUAUUAUAUGUAAUCGUGCCUUCCGUGGAGCUUGUUUGUCGACAAAUCCGUCACCAUGACCACAGAGCAAACUAUAUCAGCUGGGUAAUAAUAUGAUUGAAAGCCCUAAUCACAGUUAGUAAGCCGACCCUGGGUUUUUUGUCAAACUUCUACUUCCAGUAACCUUUAAUGCUGUGUAUAAACUUCUUUUCUAAACCUGA